AUGCAAAAGGAGUCCGCGCUGCACUUGGUGGCGGGGCUGAAAGUCGGCGGUUACGAGCCUCAUCCAGGCAAGGAUGAAGUCGUGAACCUGACGCAGUGCAGCCUGGGUCCGGAAUUCGACUCCGACUUGGCGAACGUGCGCGCCGACGGCAUGACAUUCCACCGCGACGGGGAGGUGUACAGACGUCCUUGCGGCUGGCGGCGAUACGCCCUCGGAUUGCUGGGCAAGUACGGAGACGAUGUCUGGCUGGGCCUGGUGGGGACAAGAACGUGCCCCGCCGAUAAUGAGUGGCCGGUUUUCUAA